AUGAAGAAGGAUACUUCUUUUCAAUGGUUUUUUGACAACAAAGCCCGCUCAGAUGGUCAAUAUAAUUCAAAUACAGGAUCUGGAAUCCUACGGAUUAAAAGGGUUACCAAAGCAGACAAAGGAUUCUACAAAGCUGUGGUUUCGGAUGACCGUGGAGAAGACAUAACCCAACUUGAUCUUACAAAGGAAGCAUUUGAUGACAUCCUCAAGGAGCUGGCCAGAAUCAGUAUUCUUUCCGCAUCACCUUUGAAAGUGCAGCCAACUGUAGAAGGCAUCAAGAUCUACAGUGAAGUAAAGUACUACACAGAUGCCAUGAAGACCACCUGGUACCACAAUGACAAGCGUCUAGAAGGAGGAGAUCGCUUGAAGAUAGGAACAACCGUGGACCAGCUUUGGUUGCACAUCCUUGAUCCCAAGGAGUCCGACCGAGGCAAAUACACCCUGGACCUCACUGAUGGGAAAGAGACGCGCAAAUUGACAACUGACCUAUCUGGGAAAGCUUUCGACGAUGCACUCGCCGAACAUCAAAGGCUGAAGCAAGCAGCUAUUGUGGAGGAGCUCCGUGCCAAAGUGGUUCGUGGUCUUCCAGAUGUUGCAACCAUCAUGGAAAGUAAGACAUUGUGCUUGACCUGUAUCAUCUCUGGAGACCCUUACCCAGAAAUCACCUGGUACAAGAAUGAGAAGGUCAUUACCUUCAAAGACCGGUACAAGAUGGAAGUGAAGGGGACCGUGAUCACAAUAACCAUUGAGAACGUCAGCAGUGAGGACACCGGAAGGUUCAGCAUCCUUGUCAAGAACAAGUGGGGCUCUGAAACUGGGAAAGUGACGGUCAGCGUCUACGAGCAGGGGGAUGAACCGAAGGAGCUGAAAGGGGAACCUCCCUCUGUCUGAGCCCAGGUUCAUUUCUAAGGGUCUGGUCCAGAGGUCCUCACCCAACAGAAGAGGAUGGUCCUCAUUCAUUGCAAGGAAAGACCCACCUCCCCAUCCCCUACCCUACCCUCGCUGAGUUCUGAGCAGACUUGAAUGAUAUUUAUAGAUAUUUAUCAAAGUCAACCCCCAGCCCCAUAAGAGGAUUAGAAUCAGCUCUCUUGCUCACCUCUCAGUGUUUUUCACUGCUUUCAAACAUACAAACACACCAGUGGUGGAUUCUGGAUCCGUACCCGUUGGAACGGGCCCGGCGUCACCCAUAUGGACACGCGCAGUGCGCGCACACAUGAGAGCAGCAUGCACAUGCGUCAUACU